GUGAUUAAGAUGUCCAUGAACGGCCAGAACUCAAGAAUGUGUUGUUUCGGCCCCCAAAGCUCUCAAUCCAAAGCUUUUAGAGUCGUGGGUAGCCUUCCAGGAGUUCAAUCCAUGGCAGUGUUGGGAGAGGACGACAAUAUGAUUGAGGUGACUGGAGACAGAUUCGACGCGGUCAAGCUCACCAUUUUGCUUAGGAAGAAUGUAGGGUUUGCGGAGAUAGUGACUGUGAGUGAGAUUGACGAGAAAGAAAGCGAGAGAGAAAACAAGCCUGUCAUCUGGUCGUACAUUAAUGGAGUGGCACACCGAGAGUUUGCCCAUGUCAUGGAUCCAUACCCAUAUUACAGUGAACCCUCUUGCUCGAUCAUGUAGGUUGAAUGAAGAUUGAUGAAGAUUGACGAUAACUUAUAUGAUGUAUA